CACACUUUUGUACGUAGUAUUGACAGGGGCUGCGUAAUGAAUGGUUUGUCAGUUGUAGAACUGGACUUGAGAUUUUUAAAUCAAAACUUUUAAUGAACUUUUUUCUCGCGUAACAUAAAUGUUCUAUGUAUUAAAUCGAUAUAAUUAGGUAAUUGUUCUAGAAAAAUCGGUUUAGCCGUGUAUACAACUUGUGAACGUUUAAGGAAGACGUCUGAAAAUGAGUCAGUUUGACGAGUAUUGCAGUUUGGAUGGCGAUGACAAUGGAAACCACCAGGUAGUCAACAGUAACGUGCCGGAGAAGACGGUCACGCCUGGAGUGGGGGAGCACCGUCUUCAGUACAACUAUACCUUCUGGUUCUCACGUCGCACGCAGAGUCGCCCCGCAAUCACACAGAGCUACGAGCAUAAUAUCCGGCAGAUCGGAACCGUGGCCUCGGUAGAGCAGUUUUGGAAACUGUACAGUCAUCUGGUCCGGCCUGGUGAUCUGACAGGUCACAGUGACUUCCACCUCUUCAAGGAGGGCAUCAAGCCCAUGUGGGAGGACAAAGCCAACAGGAGUGGUGGGAAGUGGAUCAUCCGGCUGAGGAAGGGGCUGGCCUCCCGCUUCUGGGAGAACAUCAUCCUGGCCAUGCUGGGCGAGCAGUUCAUGGUCGGAGAGGAGAUCUGCGGCGUGGUGGUGUCUGUCCGCUUUCAGGAGGACAUCCUGUCCAUCUGGAACAGGACGGCCAAUGACCACAUGACGACCUCUCGCAUCCGGGACACUCUGCGUCGGAUUCUGAAUCUUCCGCCCAACACCAUCAUGGAGUACAAGACCCACAACGACAGCCUCAGGGAUAAUUCCAGCUUCCGCAACACGAAGCUCACAGUCUGACCAGCAGCUGAUGGAGUGUGGAAGUGUGGGUGUGUCGGGUUCGAGGGCAACUGCCCUUCAGCUUUUCUACAAAUUAAGGACAUCAUAUUGUCUUCUCAAAAAUCGGCACAAACGGUGCAAAGCUGAAGCGGAAAGUACUGAAAAGAGGCUGUUUUAUUUUGUCGCAUCUGUAUAGGUAUACAUUAAUUUACUGGUACUAUUCAUUUGUGAGUUUUUUUUCUUUUUCAUUUCAGGUGAUUUUAUUUAUCUGUAAAUAGUAAUUGAUUUUUUUCACACUUGAUCAAGUUUUAGUUUAUGACGAUCAUUUUUCACAACUGAUUAUCUGGUACAUUUUGCGGUAAUUUUGGAUACCACGCCAGUAAGCAGGGGGCACACUAAAAGGGAGGGGGCGGAAAUUUCGUGAUUUAUAAAAGUAAUUUAUAUCGGUAGCGUAAUAUUAAUGCGUUCACUCAGGGACCAUUUAAAUAAAAAAAAUUACAGCUUAUAUUCAGCUCAAAUUGUAAAUGACGGCCUUUAGUUGCUUACAAUUGUCAUAUUCUUCCGACUUUGAAAAUCACAUGAUUGCACGAGUCUGUGGUGCGCCUUUACACAGGUUGUAACUAAUCGGUAAUAAAUGUAAGGACAAAAGCA